AUGGGGCGCAGCCACGGUGUGAAGUGGUACAUCGUUCUUGGCUGCGGGGCUUCCAAGUUUGGUUCUCUGGCCCUCAUGGGCUCUGACGUCCCGGGGGCGGGGUACAGAGUGGACCCAUCCGAGCCUCCCUUCAGCCAACUAUUCGGGAAGCUGCGGUUAAGCGCCCGGCGCCGGCGGGGCAAGGCACAGCGACGCGCCACAAGCCGGGCCCGAGAGGCGGGGUCCCGGACCCGGCGGUUCCGAGCUCGCAGCGCGGCCGGGCCCGGGGCGGCGGCGGCAGCGGCAGGAGCGCCAGUGGCCGUGGACUGCUCGGACGAGGCGGGUAACACGGCGCUGCAGUUCGCCGCGGCCGGGGGCCACGAGCCGCUGGUGCGCUUCUUGCUGCGCCGCGGCGCCUCGGUCAACAGCCGCAACCACUACGGCUGGAGCGCGCUCAUGCAGGCAGCCAGAUUUGGGCACGUGAGUGUGGCACACCUCCUUUUGGAUCAUGGGGCUGAUGUCAAUGCCCAGAACCGGCUAGGGGCCAGUGUGCUCACUGUGGCCUCUCGGGGUGGCCACCUGGGCGUGGUGAAGCUGCUCCUGGAAGCUGGUGCCUUUGUGGACCAUCACAACCCCUCCAGCGAGCAGCCAGGGGCAGGGGACAGCAGGGACGAGCUGUUGGACAUCACAGCCCUGAUGGCUGCCAUCCAGCACGGGCAUGAGGCCGUGGUGCGUCUGCUGAUGGAGUGGGGUGCGGACCCCAACCACGUGGCCCGAACUGUGGGCUGGAGCCCACUGAUGCUGUCGGCACUCAUCGGGAGGCUUGGCGUGGCCCAGCAGCUGGUAGAGAAGGGGGCCAACCCUGACCACCUCAGUGUGUUGGAGAAGACCGCCUUCGAGGUUGCACUUGACCGCAAGCAUAGGGACCUUGCAGAUUACCUGGACCCACUGACCACGGUCAGGCCCAAGACAGAUGAGGAGAAACGGCGGCCUGAUAUUUUCCAUGCAUUGAAAAUGGGAAACUGCCAGCUGGUCAAAGAGAUUGCGGACGAAGACCCCAACUAUGUGAACCUGGUCAACGGGGAUGGGGCCACCCCGCUGAUGCUGGCAGCUGUCAUGGGGCAGCUUCCUCUGGUGCAGCUGCUGGUGGAGAGGCACGCUGACAUCGACAAGCAGGACAGUGUGCACGGCUGGACGGCCCUCAUGCAGGCCACCUACCACGGGAAUAAGGAAAUUGUCAAAUAUCUGCUAAACCAAGGGGCUGAUGUCACUCUUCGUGCAAAAAACGGGUACACGGCUUUUGACCUAGUGAUGCUGCUGAGUGAUCCUGACACGGAACUUGUUCGACUGCUGGCAUCUGUCUGCAUGCAGGUGAAUAAAGACAAAGGCCGGCCCAGCCACCCACCGCCUCCACCCCACUCGAAGGUCCGACAGCCCUGGAGUGUCCCAGUGCUGCCCGAUGACAAAGGCGGGCUUAAGUCCUGGUGGAACCGAAUGUCCAAUCGGUUCCGGAAGCUCAAACUGAUGCAGACCCUGCCCCGUGGGCUCUCCAGCAACCAGCCUUUGCCUUUCUGUGAUGAGCCAGAGUCAGCGCUGGACUCCACAAUGAGGGCGGCCCCCCAGGAUAAGACAAGCCGCCCGGGGCUUCGUGAUGUGGCCCCCACAACGAAAGAGAACGGUCCUGGAAGCACGAGAGGAAACAAAGAAGAUGUGUUAUUGACAACCAUGCUUCGCAAUGGAGCCCCCUUCCCCAGACUCCCGAGUGACAAGCUGAAGGCAGUCAUACCCCCUUUCUUACCCCCUUCCAGUUUUGAGCUGUGGAGCUCGGAUCGGUCUCGGACAUGUCACAGUGGGAAGGCAGAGCCUGUGAAGACUGUGCUGUCCCAGAGAGCCGGCAGGGGCGCCCCCAUGGGCGCCGCUGGUGGGAGCACAGAUGCUACUCCUGUCAGGCCCGUUAAAUUUCCAUCUCUCUCCAGAAGCCCUGCCUCUCCCGUCAAUUCUGGAAACUUCAACCACUCACCUCAUUCCUCAGGCGGCUCCAGUGGAGUAGGGGGCUCGAGCAGGCACGGUGGGGAACUGCAUAACCGCUCAGGUGGCAGCAUAGACAGUGUCCUGUCACAAAUCGCUGCCCAGAGGAGAAAAGCAGCCGGAUUAUCGGAGCAGAAGCCCGGCCACCAGUCAAGUCCCGUUGGGCCAGCGCCAGGGUCCAGCUCGUCUGAACUCCCAGUCGCCCCUGCAGGCAGUGGCGGUCCCGGUGGCAAGAAGCUGGAGACGAGCAAAAGGCCUCCGUCUGGAACUUCCACUACCUCCAAAAGCACCUCCCCUACACUCACACCGUCCCCUUCACCCAAAGGGCACACGGCUGAGUCCUCAGUGUCCUCGUCUUCUUCCCAUCGGCAGUCCAAAAGCAGUGGGGGCUCGAGCAGCGGCACCAUCACGGAUGAGGAUGAACUGACUGGAAUCCUUAAGAAAUUAUCACUUGAGAAAUAUCAGCCCAUUUUUGAGGAGCAAGAGGUGGACAUGGAAGCGUUCCUCACGCUCACCGACGGCGACUUGAAGGAGCUGGGUAUUAAGACAGAUGGAUCCAGGCAGCAGAUUUUGGCAGCAAUUUCUGAACUGAAUGCAGGCAAGGGACGCGAAAGACAAAUUUUACAGGAAACCAUUCACAACUUCCACUCUUCCUUUGAGAGCAGCGCCAGCAACACCAGGGCCCCUGGAAACACCCCUGUGCAUGAGCCUCCCUCCUGAGGUCAUCAGCGUGAGCUUUCUGAAUCCCAGCACUGCCUCACAUAGCCACUGCUCCAACCACCAUCUUCUCUUCCCCAUCCCCUGAAACAUGCCUUGCUUGGUCACACCGCUGUGCCUUUGUCAUGUUCCCUCUGCCCAGAACACCUGUCUUCCCUUCUCUUCCCUGCUGUAGUGGUUGGUGAUGCUGUUGCUGUAACAAACUCAAACGCAGUAGACUUAUCCUCACUUGAAGUCCGGUAUGGCUGCUUCUGCUUGGCAGGUGGCUUCCCACUGUGAUUUGGGGACCCAGUUCCUUUCACCUUGUAGCCCUGUCAUCCCCAGGGGCCUCAGCAUCUUUGCUUCUGGCUGGCAGAAAGGGGAAAGGAAUGGUGGAGAAGGCACAGCCAUUCUUAACCAACUUCCUCUUGACUGCUCACGGUCCAUCCACACCUGCUCACGUUCCAUUGGCCACCAGUAGUCACAUGGCCCCACCUAGUUGCAAAGGAGGCUGGGAAAUGUAGUCUUUGUUCAGGCGGUGGCUGCCCCUCGCAAGUCUACGCUUAGGAAGGGCAGUGCAUGUUUUAGAGGACACAUCUUCCUGUAAAACUUUUGAUUUGUUCUUUGUGAUCCAAGUCACCUUUCCAGUGAAGCCUUUCUUGACUCUCUUACACAGAACUAACUGUUCAGCUCCCAGGGUCCCUUACUACUUGUUUGCAGCUCUAACACUUGGCUGCACUACUACCUACAGCAUACAAGAGGCGUUUAGGACGUGUAUGCGGAAUGUGUUUUUCUUUAUUGCAACGGCAGCCUUUUCUGUCGGGAAAAAAGGGUAGGCCCGCUGUGUGAUCUUGGAUCCCUUCUCCUUUCUGGCCGUCAGUGUCCUCACCUGCAAGAUCGGGGGUCGGGCAGGAUGAUGCUCUGAUAGUCUACACUGCUCACCCCAUGGCACUGUAGGCCUUUCUGCACUUCAAGUGGGAGCAGAAGACCCUAGUGUAUUACAUGGUGGAAGGACCUUGGUGCUCAGAUUUUCUAGACAAAGAAGACAAGUGUUUGGAAUUUCUUGUACACGCCGUUAGUGCUAUGUUCCUCAGAAGGGAAUUGGUUCUUACAAUUUUCUGCCAUGUCCUAUUACGUUAGUGGGGCUCUGACUUCUAAAAUCCAGUAGCUUUUGGAAGUGUUUUCAAGUGAGCAAUUUGGCCCGCGCUUGCUGCAUUUCUGUAAUGUGGUGGGUGCUGGGGAUACAGAGAUAAGCUGGAUCCAGUCCCACCCUUGGGGACCUCCAUAGGCAGGAGAAGACAUGAGUCCCAGCCUCAAGAGGCAGCAUGGCAGAGUGGUUUAUGCUCUGGACUCGGGCUCAACGUUCACUCCAGCCCCGGGGCUAGCCAGCUGCGUGGCCAGGGACAGGUCACUUAGCCUCUUGCUCAGAGCUGAGAGCCACCGUGCAGAAAGCUUUUGGUCUGCACAAAGUACACAGUAGACAGCAGCCUUCACAGCAUUCUCGUCUUUGCCAUGAGGUCCGCCAGGCCGCAUGCUGAUCUCCUUGGGAGGGAUGGCCUCGCAUGUCCCUCCCCUGCCAUGGAGGCCUGCUCCCCAUCCGCCGGCUUCUCGGAGCGGCUACGACCACGUUGCUGUGUCACGCUCACCCUCCGCCCGUUGGGCCAGCUGCUGCUCCAUCCUCAUGCUCCCACCAGCAGCAGCCAACUUGACUGGAGAGAAGUUUCACAUCACCGGCAGGCAUCUUUAUAAGUGUCCCUCUAAGCCAGGCCUGUAAGGAGACAUGGUCACUGAACUCCGACUGCGUGCAGCCCCUUGACGUCAAUGUCCUCCACCGUCCCCACCACCCUGGACCGUGCGCGUCUGGGACACAGACACAGAGUGAAGCUGCGUGCUGGUUACACAGCCCGGGGCAGGGGCUCAGAGCUGGCUGAGAACUGGAUCUGGCGGGCUUCCGGGCUGUGCCUUCUCCCCUGAUCCGUGUGGGCUUCUGGAGCUGACAGCGCCGGGCAGUCUCACUGUCGUACUGAUAUCUCCAGGGCUUAGUUCUCAAUAGGCCAAGGGUUGUUUGCCCCUGAAAUACAUUGGCCCUUGAGUUAC